CCGUCCCGCGGAACUACAGCUCCCGGCGCUCCCGGCGCGGUUCCCAUGGGCACGGGGAGCCGGGCCCGCGCCCCGCCGAGCGAUGCCCAAGCCCAGUGAUACUUUGUGGGAUCUUGCUAUAGCUGAAGUGGAGAAGAGAGAAAACCCUGAUGAUGAUGUCAAGCAGGGGGAAGUUUGGGAAAAAUCAAUAUUAUUUAUGGGAAACAAAAAUGGGGGAAAGACCACUAUUAUAUUGAGGUGUCUUGAGAGGGAAGAGACUCCAAAGCCAACAUUAGCCUUGGAAUAUACCUUUGGAAGAAGGGCAAGGAGACACAAUACACCUAAAGAUAUAGCUCAUUUUUGGGAACUAGGUGGUGGAACCUCAUUACUGGAACUCAUUCGAAUACCAAUCACUAGCCACAACAUAAGAUCCUUUGCUGUAGUUCUUGUAUUGGAUCUGUCCAAACCUAAUGAACUCUGGACUACUAUGGAGAACCUUCUGCAGGUCACCAGGAACCAUGUGAACAAAAUCUUAGCCAAACUAGAAAAGACAAAUCCUGAAGUAGCUGCUGAACCUAAACAGAAGAUGUGGAACAAUCUGCAGAGGGAUCACCCAGAUUAUGAGUUAGUUGACCCUUUUCCAAUACCCUUGGUGAUAAUUGGAAGCAAAUAUGAUAUUUUUCAUGAGUUUGACUCUGAAAUGAGGAAAAUAAUAAGCAAGACACUUCGAUUUGUUUCACAUUAUUAUGGAGCAUCGUUAGUGUUUACCAGUAAAUCUGAGGCUCUGCUGCUGAAAGCCCGUGUUCUUAUUAAUCACUUGGCAUUUGGCUAUGAUAAAAGCAAAUCCGUAUCAGUGGAUCCCAGCAAACCUCUGUUUAUACCAGCAGGCCUGGAUUCGCUGAGCCAAAUAGGACCUCCACCUGCCUCGGAUAGUGAUAUUGGAAAGAUGCGUGCAAACACACCUUUGGAACUGUGGAAAAAAGUAUUUGAGAAAACAUUUCCUCCCAAGAGUUCCUGUGAUUUCCAAGAUACCAAGGACCCUGCACAGGAUAUACAGUACGCUGAGUAUGAAGUUGAUGUCAUGAGAGCUCAGAAAAACCAGGAACUUGAACAGUACAAAAGAAAUGCCUCUAAAUCCUGGAAAGAAAUGGAUUUUGACUCCGAUUGAUGAGCUGCUGUAGGUGUCUUCAGUUUAACAAUGUUUACAAAAUUAUUUUAACAUUACACUAGCAAUUUCAUCUGAUGCAGUUGAAAAUGCAUAUUAUCAAACUACAAAAUUAGUAUUUAUUAAGCAUCCCUGUUAGUAUUUUUCAUAAAAAGAGCUGUUCAUUCAGUCCAAAUUUGUGAAUCUCGGCACUGGCACAGUUUUAAAAAGUGGGGAGACAAGAAUUCUAGAUUGCUCACAGGUGGGUUUGAACAUAAAGACUGGCAUUAGUCAGUUCUACCUAUUUUACACCACAUUAUUUGGUUUAUUUUUAAAUACUUCUGCCCUAAACGUAUUUAAAUAUAAACAAGUUUUCACACCCAAAAUAUGAAACUGUAGUAGAGUGUGGUGGGCAUCUUUUUCUAGUUCUUUGCAUGUAUAAGUCAAAAGCAAACCUUAAGAAAUACCUGCUUCAUUGUUUGAUAUAUUUGAAUAAAUAAAUAAAAACCUGGCAGAAUAAAGUGUAAAACAUUCUUUGACCUGGA